GUGGUUUUGAUUAAAUUCUGUUUCGAGCCUCUGCAUUCACUCAUUCGCUGUCUUGAUUCCCUAUAAUAAAUCCUAUUUUAUUUUACAACAGAACCUCUGUUUCUUUCUCAGGAGACUUGAGCUUGGUUGAGGGGAAAGUGCCACAUAAGAAGAUCAAAAAGGUAAGUGGGCUUGUAGCCCAUUGUGCUUCUUCACACAGGCCAGCAGGGGGCACUCCCACAAGACUGCCCGGGUAGUUUAGCUGACCGCUAACAGGCAGUUUGCUUUUCAAGGCUUGAGCAGGUUCCUAGAUCCCCAGCAAAGCGGUCUUUUUGUUUCCUGACCCUCUUCCCUCCUGUCUGUGCUCAUCACAAUGUGACCGUCAAAGAGACCCAAGCAUCCCAGGCUACACAGUGCUUCUCAAAGCGGGUGCUCCUGGCAUUCUAGUGGGACAGUUCAUCACUAUGUGGGAAUUUCACGCAAUGUAGAACAUUUAGCAUCUGGGGCCUCUGCUUGCUCAAUGCCAGCAGGACCCCCAAUCAUUGCAACAACCAAAAUGUCCCCCACCCACAUUUCCAGAGCACCCCCAUCUGGGGAUAGGUUGCCCAGUUGAAAACCAGGUAUGCAAAGGAAGCUAGAGAAUCCCAGUAUCUCCCGCUCAGGCAAAGCAGCAACUACCAUAAUGAGGUCUCGUGUCCAGUCAAGGGGAUGAUGGAGCUCAGCCAAGGAAAAAGUCACAGGUGGUUUUAGGUGACCUAGAUGACACCCUGGCUCUGUUAAUGGUUAGUUGACAGUGACAGGCUCACAUAUCAGGAGAGAGGGAAAGACGCUUUCUAAAAACAAGAUGACAACAAUAACAGAAAAAGUACCCCAACAAGGCCCCCACCCCGUGCAAAUGAGACUUGCAACCUGAGCGUGGUCCCUUCAGUGUCCAUUUGAUCCCCACCCCCAUCCCCGGGGACUGCACACUGCACCCGGCACCUCUCUGCCUUGCCUGGGUUAGUUUAAGGGACUUCAUUUCCCGGUGCUGCCAUAGCAACCAGGAAACAACCUCCACUCAGACAAGAAGGAUGGUGCUGUGGCCGAGCUCUGUAGAUGCACACGGCUGGUAACAGAGCAACCGGGACCAAGGGACAACAAGAGCUCAGGAGAAGGGGAGAGACAGGUCGCCCAGAGAGUAGACAAUCCAGGGCUUGAGGAGGCUGACUGUGCGGUUUAUUUUUUCUCUCCACAAAGACACACACUGUCUAAACUGUGUGACUGGUUGUUAUUAAGAAGCUGCUGCGAGAGGGAAAAAUGUAUUUAAUAAAAGGCCCUGUGUUUGUGGUCUUCUUGGGCUUGCUGUGAGCUCUGGAAAUCUUGAGGUGUGACCAGAUUUCAGCCUUCAGAACCAAGAUGGACUGCCCUUGAGAAGGGGUGGUCAGAGGCAAACAUGUUCACGCUCUCCCUCCUGAGUCGGGGCCACGGGAAGCUGGGCCAGGACAAACAGAAGUUAGAAGUCUACUUUGAACCAGAGGAUUACUUGAACUGGAGGUCCCCAGAAGACUACGUUCCUGUCAGCAAACCUCAAGAUGAGAACAAUGCCAACCAGCACUCUUGGAGCCUCUUUCUCCCUAAAACUUUCAGCACUAGAAAGGGUGCCCUGAUCCUCUACUCAGAAGGUUUAGCCAUUUCGGCAUGGGCACCCAAAGAGAGGAGAAAAGGCCCCUACUGCCCCAAAGGUCCCUGGAGGAAGCUGGAUCUUGAACUGCACACACUUCAAGACCUCAAAGAAGCCAUCCUGGCAUAUGGAAGGCAACAGGGACAGCAGGACAGAGCCUGGCAACCAUACCUCCACUUCCGAAGCCAGCUGGAGAGCCAGGCCCAACGGCAGAUCCAGCCGGGACAUUCAGCCAAGAGAUACCUCAGAGGCCUCCUGCGGACUUGGCCCCCAGACGCCAUGUAUAGGCUGUGGUGCGCAGGAUACAUCAAGGAUUCUGUGCUGCUCCAGGACAGUCAACUUAAUGUACCAAAGAAGCUCAGGCCACAACAAGAUCUUUCAGGUGUACCCCCAAAAUACCAUCUCCUGCCUGUCUUCCCUUCAUUUUGGAUUCAACAAGGAAAAUCUUUUGAACAAGGUCAACAGGGCCUGGAUGAAGGGGAAGCUGGAGCUGCUGGACAUGUGGACCAGGGCCCUCUAGCCAAGAACCAUGGCAGUCAGGGGACUCGCUUGCCACCACUCAGGAAGCAGCCCUGGCAGGAAGACGAAACGCGGGCAGAGGACACGUCAAUAGAGAAUCACCUUCGUUUAUAUGCUUCGAAGGAAAGAUACAAUGAAAAGACACAGCAAACCUUCAGGAAGGCCUUUGGGCAUGGCCACAUCGAUUACUCUUGUCUCCCAAGUGACAAAUCCCACAUUACAUUCUGUGGAGGCACCUUCCCUAAUAGGAAGGCAGAUCUCAGCGAUAAACAAAGGAAUGUGAAACUCCACAAGGCCAGAAGCGGCCACUUGUUACAGGCGCUUCCUGCUGAAAAAUGCCUCUUCCCUCCUGUAGCAUCUGCCACUGGCUCCGGAAUAAUCACCCCUGGGGAAGUGAAGAAGAAAAAGGCACCAAAGGCUUUGAAAUUACCUCCUAUCUCAGAAGAACCACCCAGAGUCUUGGAGCCCCUGAAGAGUCAAUUUAAAGCCAAUGAGCCCCCAACAGAGCUCUUCAUCUUCCCAGUGGAGAUUCAUUACCACAUCCAACACCCGCCAAAAGAGAAAGCCCACAGAAGAGGUGCUCCACACCCUAAGUCAGAACCAGAAAGAAGCGAAGAAGCCAGGCCUGUGUGGAAACCUCCCCUAAAGCCUGUGUCCUUAGAAACGCCACGGGAGUUAACGGUGCAUCUCCCAGUGGACGCGGGCAGGGACACACUCUCACCUCAAGAUGAUGAUGCCCCGCCCCACGAUGUGGCCCCACCAUUGGAUCUUCUACCCCCGAUUAAAGGGAAAAAAAGUCCCGAGAGCCAGAAAGGCCUGGAUAGCCCUAGGACAUCAGGCCGCAGCAGCCCCCCAUGUCUCCCGCACAUGAGAGCGCCCAGGAGGGCACUGCCAGCAGCUCAAGAAGAUUCCAGCGACCCCACCCUGGGACACUUCUUGCUGGGUCCAGAUGGAGAAGAAGUCUGCCUGUCCCUCCCAGGGCAGACCCAAACCGAGGCGCUUCCAUCGGGUAAAGCCUAUGAAUCUGUCAAUUCAAAUAUCAGCCAUGAAGAGGAAGGGCCUAGUAGUCAGCAUUUCCUAAAAGGAAACACUGAACCUAGAGCCAACCUUCACAUGAAUCUUUACGAAACCUCACCAUUGACCCAAACAACAGAGAAGCAGGGAGCCCAGCAGUCCUUGGAGGCAGCAGCUCAGAAGACAGAAGAGCCUCAAAGUUGUAUAAAUAAAGGGCUGAUAUGUUCAAACAGAAAAGUAUUUUACACGUGCAAGCUGCACAUCGACAUGACGCCGUUCCUGAAGGAAAGCGGAAAUGCACUGGACUCUCAGGAAGAAGCGGGGAGACCCCUCAGAGAAACUCAUCACGACGGCCAAGAUUCAGAGCCAAAGAGUAUGACCCUUGACUCUCUCAGGGCUUCCCAAACUGAGCACAUCCAGACCCCAGAGGCAGAUAUUGUGCAAAAGGUGGGCAGAGACUAUGAUAUACACCACUUACACAAAGGACUUCUGGGAUACGGGCCUGAGUCACCCAAGAAGUUGAGCGCUGUGUAUACAUCUCUUCUUCCAAGAGAAAGAGAAGGGAAGGCUGAACCAGGACUAUUUAGCCAGGAGACAUCAGCCAGCAUCAGUCAUGAGAGGGAUUUGAUUGACAAGUCCAAGAGAAAGAAAAAACCCAAGAAAGACAAAACCAAAGGACCCAAAAGGGAGAGAGAAGGAAAGGUCUACAGGGAAGCAGAGGCUGCCAUUGGAAAGUCAAAGGACUCAAAGGGUAAAAAAAAAUUAGAAAAAAAACCAAGACCCCAAAGGAAAAGGACACAGAAGGAAAGAAAUCUGGAGACAGUGGCAGAGCUGAGUGGGCCUGAUGUCAACUCUGACGAAACAGAAGACACCUCAAAUAGAGGUUCCUUCGCUUCAGACUCCUUUGUAGAGGACCCUUGGCUUUCUCCCAAAUACGAUGCCCAGGAGAGCCAAGUUUCUCUAGAUGGAAGAUCAUCACCCUCCCAGAUUGCAACUGUCACUGGCAACAUGGAAUCUAAAGAAGAGAAAAGCUGUGAGGACCCUUCCGAGGCCCUCCUCACUAAGAGGGAGCAGGAGAAGGCUUCCUGGGACAGGCUUCGAGCAGAAAGAGCCGAGAUGAGGCGGCUGGAGGUGGAGAAGAAGAGAAGGGAGCAGGAAGAGCAAAGGCAGCUCCAGCAGGAGCAGCUGGAGAGAGCAAAAAAGAUGGAGGAGGAGCUGGAGCUGGAGCAGCAGAGACGUGCAGAAGAGAUCCGCUUGAGGAAACAGAGACUCCAAGAAGAACAGCAGCGGCAGGAGGAGGAGGAGAGAAAGCAGCAGCUCCGGUUGAAAGCAGCCCAGGAGAGAGCCCGGCAACAGCAAGAGGAGUUUCGGAGGAAACUGCGAGAACUACAGAGAAAAAAGCAGCAGGAGGAAGCUGAGAGGGCCGAGGCGGAGAAGCAAAGGCAAAAGGAAUUGGAAAUGCAGUUAGCAGAAGAACAAAAACGCCUGAUGGAAAUGGCUGAAGAGGAACGACUGGAGUACCAGCGGCGAAAACAGGAAGAAGAAGAGAAGGCUCAGCUGGAGGCAGAGGAGAGGAGGCAAAAGGAAGAGGAAGCAGGAAGACUGGCUCUGGAGGAAGCCACGAAACAAGCCCAGGAACAAGCCAGGCAAAAAGCUGCCUUGAAGAAACAUCUUCAUUUCCAUCAAGAACUCCAUAAGGAAGCUAGUGGUCUGCAGUGGACACAUAACAUUUCCAGACCAUGGGUUUACUCUUAUUUCCAGUUCCUACAAAUACCCAGGCCUUAAGGCUAGAAGAAAACUAAAAAAUUAGGAUGUUGCAGUCAAGCACCAGAUAAGAGUGGCUUCACUAAACGUUAUCCAAGGUCCCUUCAGAAAUCCGAUAAUCUGUUAAAAUUUUUGUUGUGAAAUGCCUAUUUUAUCAGCACUGCUAAUCAGAUAAGCACAAAUUUAAGUUAACCAUAGCAGAGUGCAACACAUUUAGAAUCCAAAAAACUAAAAA